GCCCCCCUGGGCGGGAUCAGCUCUGCUCGGGGUCAUCCCCUGCUCGGGAUCCCCCCCCCCCCCGUGCCCGCCCGGUGCGGCUGCGGUGUCACCGCCCGCAGCGGCGGCAGCGCGGCCGGGCACGGCGACCUGCGCAACCCCGCCCGCUCCGCAGUGCCCUGCAGAGAUGGCGAGUGCAGAGCCCGGCUCUGGGGAUGCAGCUGAGGCUGAAGAGGCCGUCUACGAGGUGAUGCCCUGUGACAGGAUGGAGCUGAGCCAGCGGCUGGCCGUGGAGGAGCUCAUCAGCACCGAGGCCAGCUACGUCCACAACCUGCAGCUGUGCAUGUCCGACAUCCGGGCACACCUCCAGGAGAAGCAGCUGCCUGAGCUGGACCUGGAAGGACUCUUCUCUAACACCGACGACAUCCUCCAUGUCUCCAGACGGUUUCUGAAGGGGCUGGAGGCCACGGCUGGCCAGGGGCAGGAGCAGCUGCUCUGCAUCAGCACGCUGUUCCAGGAGUUCAAGGAGGAGAUGGAGACUGUCUACAAGGUCUACUGUGCCAGCUAUGACCAUGCCCUGCAGCUGGUGGAGAGCUACCGCAGGGACCCCCGGCUGCAGAAGGAGAUCCUGGACACCCUGAAUGCCACCGUGCCUCACACGGGCGCGUCAGACCUCAGCUUCUUCCUGGUGAUGCCCGUGCAGAGGGUCACCAAAUACCCUCUGCUGCUGGGGAAGAUCCUGGAGAACACCCCGAGCAGUGCCAGUGCCCACUCAGCCCUGCAGGCAGCGGCUCGUGCCAUGGCCCAGGUCAAUGCCAACAUCAACGAGUACAAACGGCGCAGGGAAGUGGCAACCAAAUACAACAAGGCCGAGCACCUGACGCUGCGGGACCGCCUGGCGCGCCUCAACACCCACUCCAUCGCCAAGAAAACCACGCGCCUCAGCCGCCUCCUCAUGCACGAGGCUGGCAUCGUGGCCAAGACCGAGGACAAGGAAUAUGACGACCUGGAAGAGAAGUUCCAGUGUGUGGCAUCCAGUGUGGCCACGCUGAAGGAGAACGUGGCAUCCUACCUGGGCCACUUAGAGGCGUUCCUGCUGCCCAGCCCGCACCAGUGUGACCUGCAGAUGGAGCAGGGACCUGCCCAGCAGCAUCGCCGCCUCUCCGAGCUCCUCCAGAGCACCGUUUUCCCCGAGUUUAAGCGGCGUGUGGACAGGCUGGUGUGGCAGCCCCUCUGCAGCCUCUCAGACAUGCUGGAGGGGCCCCAGCAGCUGGUCAAGAAGCGCCUGGACAAGCUGCUGGACUACGAGGAGAUCCAGGAGAGGAAGAGCGAGAUGGGCAGCGUGAGCUACGACGAGGAGGCAGCCAUGAACACCUACCUGGCCAUCAAUGACCUGCUGGUGGCCGAGCUCCCCCAGUUCAACCAGGUGGCCGUGCAGCUCCUGGGGCAGAUCCUGCGCUCCUUCAGCGCCCUGCAGCUGGACUUGGCUGCCCAGGUGCUGCACCACGCAGAAAAGGAGCUGGAGCAGCUGCCCCAUGGCCACAUGCCCCUGCCCAGCUUCUGGAAGGUGGUGGAGGACAGCCUGCAGCAGUCGGGUGCUCAGCUCCGUGCCUUCUGCCAGGCCUUUGAGACUGUGACACCCAGCCCUGGCACACAGGCUCUGACCCCCGCUGAGGAGAGGAAGGUCCUUUCCCUUGUGAGCAAGCACGGCCCAGACAAGCUUUACCAAGUGACCAGCAACAUCAGCGGCAGCAGAGACUUGGACCUGACCUUGCUGAGGGGACAGAUCGUGGCUCUGCUGCAGAAUGCAGACACCAAGGGGAACACGAGCAGGUGGCUGGUGGAUGCUGGAGGUCCCCGGGGGUUUGUCCCUGCUGCAAAACUCCGGCCCUACAGCCCUGUACAAGUGCAGCAGCCUGUGAUGCAGCUGCUGGCCCUGGACAGUGGCACAGAGAGGAGGAGACAUUCCUACGCAUCCCCUGAAGCUCCCAGGCCGCAGGUGGCCACGUUCACCCCAACAUUCCAGGUGGUCGCUGGCUUCUCCUUCGCAGCCCGGAGCCCGCAGGAGGUGAGCCUGCAGGCAGGGCAGCCCGUGGUGCUGCUGGAGCCCCACGACAAGAAGGGCAGCACGGAGUGGAGCCUGGUGGAGGUGAACGGCCAGAGGGGCUACGUGCCCUCCAGCUACCUGGUGACCGUCCCCGUGCAGGACCCCGCGGGCUGGAGCUUGCCCGUGUGAGCACCCAAGGACACCUCACAGGAGAUGCUGGAGGGAGGCAGCCCCCGGUUUGGGAAGGUGGUGGGAGGCACGUGGGGGACACGGCCCAGGGACGUGGGCACGAGGAUGGCACUUGGGAGGCACCUUUUGACGGGAGGUGUGAGGGUGCCAGGUCCCGUGUGUGUGUUGGCACAAAGCAAAGCAGCACCAGGGAGUGAGGGCAGGUGGCUGCAGUUAUCCAGGGAUUUGCUGAAAUCUCUGCAAGUGACAAAUGUGUCCUGGGGUGAGGAGGCAGCGUCGUCCCUGGUUAGAGCAGGAUUGAGCAGCAAAGGUGCAGCACUGCAGAGGGGUCCUCAGCCAGGCAGGGGGCACUCGGACACCUGGGCACUGAGCACCUGGGCACUGGGGCACUUGGGCACCUGAGUACCUGAGCACUUGGGCACUGGGCACAUGGGCACUGGGCGCCUGAGUGCAUGAGAAUUUGGCUACCUGGGCACCCGAGUACCUGAGAAACUGGGCACCUGAGGAUUUGGCUACCUGGGCACCUGAGAAUUGGGCUACUGGGGCACCUGAGUACCUGAGAAACUGGGCACCUGAGUACCUGAGAAUUUGGCUACUGGGGCACCUGAGUGCCUGAUUCUCGGGCACUGGGCAGAUGGGCAUUGGGCACCUGAGUACCUGAGAAUUUGGCUUCCUGGGCAUCUGAGUACCUGAGAAACUGGGCAUUUGGGCACCUGAGAAUUUGGCUACUGGGCACCUGAGUACCUGAGAAACUGGGCACCUGAGUGCCUGAGAAUUUGGCUACUGGGGCACCUGAGUGCCUGAUUCUCGGGCACUGGGCAGAUGGGCAUUGGGCACCUGAGUGCCUGAGAAUUUGGCUUCCUGGGCAUCUGAGUACCUGAGAAACUGGGCAUUUGGGCACCUGAGAAUUUGGCUACUGGGCACCUGAGUACCUGAGAAACUGGGCACCUGAGUACCUGAGAAUUUGGCUACUGGGGCACCUGAGUGCCUGAUUCUCGGGCACUGGGCAGAUGGGCAUUGGGCACCUGAGUACCUGAGAAUUUGGCUUCCUGGGCAUCUGAGUACCUGAGAAACUGGGCAUUUGAGCACCUGAGAAUUUGGCUGCCGGGGCACCUGAGUACCUGAGAAACUGGGCAUUUGGGUACCUGAGAAUUUGGCUGCCGGGGCACCUGAGUACCUGAGAAUUUGGCUGCCGGGGCACCUGAGUACCUGAGAAACUGGGCAUUUGGGUACCUGAGAGUUUGGCUGCCGGGGCAGCUGAGUACCUGAGAAACUGGGAAUUUGGGUACCUGAGAAUUUGGCUGCCUGGGCACCUGAGUGCCUGAUUCUCGGGCACUGGGCAAAUGGGCAUUGGGCAUUUGGGUACCUGAGAAUUUGGCUGCCGGGGCAGCUGAGUACCUGAGAAACUGGGAAUUUGGGUACCUGAGAAUUUGGCUGCCGGGGCAGCUGAGCGCUGAGCCUUGGGCUCUGCGCGCCUGUGGCAGCGCUGGGCUGCGGCCGGCAGGGGGAGCCCCGCAGCAGCGCCCAGCGCCGCUGGCUCGCCCCGGGAGCGCUGGUGCGGGACUGCGGGGGCUCCGCCCGGGGGCUCCGCACCGCGCAGGGGGACCCAGACCGCCACUCCCGGGACUCCCGAGUCCCCCCUGCCACCCUCACAGAUCCCCGGCGGGGUGACACAGGUGCCACGGAAGAGUUUUUUUGGGAGAAUCGAUCCGUGUUGGUCCUGACCUAAGGCUCGGUUUGAGAGCGGAGAGAACCCCCCUCCCGCCAUUCCCGAGGUAUCCAUGCCUCAGUUUCCCCGUGGUUGCUCUGUUAGGAGAUGCUGAUGGGGCUGAGGUGGGCAGCCCUGCCAUGGUGCCAGAGGGGACUUCAGGAGCGCCCCGGGACUGGCACUUCACGCCGCCCAUCCCUCACCGAGGCCAGUGGAGCACCCGGCUGGCGUCGCCCCGGCUGCCCUGGGCUCCUGGCGCUGCACGCAUCAAAGGUGCCCGCGCCGGCUGGCGAGCGCUGGCACGCCGGGCCCUGCGCCCUGCCCUGCCCUGCCCGGGGGCAGCAGCACGCCCGGCCACCCACGGGCUCCCCGCGGGCGCCCCAGUGCAGCCGUGGCUGCGGGCUGGGCAGCAGGGCAGGGCUGGCACGUCCUCACCCAACCCUGAGCAGGUGCCAGGCGGGUGGGGACAGCCCCAGGCACUGCCCUGUGUCCCCCGUGUGGGGCUGGGGUUGGUUUGAGGCAGAGUGGGGCUCACCCUCCUUUUACCUGUGCCUGUGGGGUGGCUGGGGGGCAGCCACCUCUGCCCAGGUGCCAUUGAAAGGCCCGAGGAAAUGCUCACCUACACAAAACCUGGGAGGGGACAGCAGUGCCAGAGCUGGGGACGUGUCCUGGGGAUGCUCCCAGCCUGGGGAAAGGCUGAUGGGUUCCUCAGCAAGGGAAAAUGAGUAGGCUGGGGGACAGGGGUCAUUGAGCAAGGGCCGUGUGUCUGUGCUUGCCCACCCAGCCCAGGCCCUGCAGCCACAGGGCUCACCCCUCCAGCUCCCUGCAGGUGGCUCCUCUGGGUUUUUCCAUCCCUGAUCAAAUCCCAUCAGGUCAGGUUUCCCUCCCGAGUCACCUUCCUGCCAGCUCGGCGGGGUGCACCAGCAAUCAGCCCUGUGCCAGGCCAUGGCAGCAGUCGGGCAGGUCCUGCUCCACAGCCCUCGGGGUGUGGAGACCCCUCAGAGGCUGAAAGGUGACAGUGGCACACGGAGUGCUGAGCCCGCUGCUGCCUGGGCCCCGAUCUUCCCAUGGAAGGAGGUCUGGGGUGGUCAGGGCUGGGGUGGUCAGGGCUGGGGUGGUCAGGGCUUGGCUGGACAUCCAGCAGGAAGAGGGAAAUGAGUUCAUGUGGCUCCUCCAGCCUGUGGGUGCCAAGGGGUGAGCUGGGCUCUGCUGUUCCCCCAGUCCUGCUGCCAGCCUCGAUGGCCAGGGGACCUUACCCAGGGGUCUGUCCCCAGGACAGGGCCUGGUCCUUGGCUGCAGGGCAUGGGUGCCUGCAUCCCUCCCUUCUCCCGUGAAUUCACCCAGCACCGCUGCUGCCCUGGGCCUGGAAGUGCCCUCUUGGAGUCACGGGAGGGCACGGGGCUCUUCCAGCCCAAACAUGAGGGGGGAUAAAGGGCACAAGUGUGCCUUUAAAUAGCCUGUCAAGGACAGGCUCUCCCGGGAGGAAUGCUCUGGCUGGCCCAGUGGAACAUGCCUGUGGCUGGGGACACGGGGGGACAGCUGGGCAGGGCCGGCUGCUCACCAGGAGGCCAGGUCAAGGUUAGGCACGGCCCUGGCCCGGUGCCACCGUGCCAUGGCUUGGCACUGGGAAAACAGAGCCGUGCAAACAGGGAAAUGAAUGCCAGGCCAGGGGUUGGCCGUGGCCAGGGCUGAUCUGGAGGUGCCAGCGGGGCCAGCCCGCACGGAAUUUGGCAGCGGCGCUGCCUGGCUGCCAGAGCAGCCUCCGGGGCAGCUCCGGUUGUCCUGAGCGGCUGCUGCACUCCUGUCCGGGCUGAUUCAUAUCCUGGACGUGCAGGCAUUUGGAUAUUGUCCACCUGCGGGGUGUGACAGCGCACGGCUGUGUCCCCAGGGCGCGGGUGCCAGCCCGGCCACGUGCCGGGAGCAGGACGGGGCAGCUCCGGCUCUGCUCUGUGUGCCUGCUGCUCCCUGGGGCCGCGGCGGGGCCACAAAACACAUCCCAGGUGAGAGCCCGGGAUGCCAGGAGGAUGGCUGAGUGCCCAGGUGGCCAUGUGCCCGUUGGCUCUGCUGGGGCACCCCGGGGGAGGGAGAUGUGAGAAAAGGCAGCUGCCACAAGCCCCAAGCCCAGGCCCCCAAUCCCAGAGCCAUCCCCUCACCACGGGGUGCAGAAAGAGGGCAAAAAGGCUCAGAGAGGGGAGCCAGGAGGAGCAGGGUGGCCACGUGGGCUGAAGGGCACAGCCAGCCCGAGUGGCUUUAGGCACGGAGCUCGAGUUGCCCACGCUGCCAGGCUGAGCUGGCUCCCAGCAGAGAGAGCCAGCCUGUGCCGCAAUGUUCCCUGCCACCUGCCCAUGGUGGCCCACGAGGAGCAGCCCGAGCCCCUGGCCACCCUGGCUGGCCCCUCGUGUGCCCGCUGGGACCAGCGUGGCCCGAGGAAGGGCUGAGCCCCGCGGAGAGCGAGCCCGGGGCUGCGGAGCAGGAGGGGAGCCGUGAACAGCAGCGCUCGCUCCAGGCUGGUGCAGCUGGCACCUGAAUUGUCUAAUAAAGUGUGAAAUUGCUUUCAUGCUC